GAUCUAUCUCUCCAAAUUCAUUUAAAGCAAAAAUUCUUACAACUUCGUCCUUGAUCGCCUGGUUUCGUUUUUCGAUCGUUCAGUUGAAGAAGAUGGGAGGCGUACAAGAUAACAACUGGUUUGAUUUGAUGAUAGAUGAAAUCGGAGUUGCAUUAACCAUAGUUGACAAAUCGAUACAAAAGAGUAUGGAACUGUGGACAGAGUUAACCAAAGACAUACUUGACGAGCAGCCUACCCAAGACACAACCGGACAACCAAAUAAUGGUAAAUCCGGUAAGGAAGACUCGUCUCAAGAUAAACCUGUCGCUGAGAUCAAAGAAGGUCCUAUUCAACACUGGGCUAUGCGCCUUGGUGAGGCGAAACAAAUACUGAGCCAACACUGGGCUAUGUCUGCUUCAAAAAUUCCAGAGAGAUUGAUUCAACAACAGGGGGAUGAUGAUUGUGAUGAUUAUGAUGAUGAUGAUGAUGAUUAUGAUGAUGAAGAAGAAGAAGAAGAAGAAGAAGAGGAGGAGAGUAGAGUUUCAGAUUCUAGUGAAAGCAUGUUGUGGGAGCAUAAUUUGGAGACCUCGGCGACGAGCCAUCCCCCUAAUUGUUACCAUCAUCAUAAAGAAGCGGCUAGUGUUUCGAGUUUCAAGUGGAAAGGUGGUCAUGAGCUUUCAAAGGAUGUUGACACGCCUUCCGAAGAAGAUGGUCAGUCAUGGGAUUCAUCGGGUGAUGAUGAAGGAGAGGAAGACGACGAGAGUCAAGUUUCGGAAUCUUGUGAAAACAUGUGGGAGCUUAAUUUGGGGACCUUGGCGACGAGCCAUAUUCCUAGUUACCAUCAUCGUAGUGAAGAAGAUGACGGUUUGAGUUCGAGGUGGAGAAGUGGUUAUGAGCUGUUGAAGAAUGAUGACAAGUCUUCCGAAGAAGAAGAAGAAUCAUGGGAUAAUGAUGAAGAAGUGAUGGAACGGAAUCAUGGAAUCGUGAGCGACGUAAGUAACGAAUCAUUAGUCUGUCAUGUUGACGAUGAAGAUGAAGAUGAAGUUGAAGAUGAAGAUGACGUGUGGGACAAGUUAGAAGGAUUUGUGGAUGUGAAGGAAGAGGAGGAAUCUAGUGAGGUCGAGACCGUUUCACCAGAAUGUGAUUGGGUUUACGUUACGAGGGAUUAGGUCUCAUAUUUUUAUGUGAUCUUAAUUUGAGUGUUCAUACUUUAUAGCGGUUAUGAUGAUACUUUUUUUUUGGGUUAGAAAUUAGAUUGAUUUAGAAUUUGGAGUGUUUGAUUCGCUUUCCACACUGCCUAUGUCACUCUAUCAACUCAAAUACUUUUUUGUUUUAAUCAUUCUUACUUGUCCUUUCCUGAGUUGAUUUUUCUUAAACAAAAAGUUUGAAUUGUUGAAUUAUA